CAUUCCACGUCUGGGGCUGCCUUGCCCACGUUCGUGCCUCCGGCACGGACAAGCUCAUUGCCCGCACCCUUCCCUACGUCUUCCUCGGUUUUCCCCUUGACGCGUCCGACUGGCACUUCUACCACCCGCCGUCUCACCGCUUCUUUCACUCUCGCAACGUCACCUUUGACGAGUCCGUCCCCUACUACCGUCGCUUCCCCCACCGCGGUCCACCGGUUACCCCCUCCCUGUUCCUGGUCACUCCUUCCUCGGUAGUCCCUGCACCUCCCCCUCCUCCUCCCCGUCCUGCCCCCUCUGGUGUGUCCCAUGUCACACCUCUUCCGUCGGUGGUCCCAGUUGAGGAGUCUUCUGACUCUGGUGGUCCUGCGGCGCAGUCCUCGCCGGCUGCCCCUCCCAAGGCGUCCCCUCCUCCACCGCCUCUGCCGCUGCUGUCGCCCCUGCUGUUGCAGCCGUUGUCACCUCCGCCGCCGCCGCCGCCGUCGUUGUCGUUGCCGCCGCCGCCGCCGUCGCAGCACCCGUUCGUUGACUCUGGGGGUGCUGGCGUUGGAGUGCGUGCUAGUCCCGGUGUGAGAGUACGACCCCGUUACACCACUUGGCCUUUUCUUAUUUCCUUCCUUUUUCAUUUCUCUUUUAUUCCAUCUCAUUUGGUUUCCUAUUCUUACCUUUUCCAUUAACCUUUGGUUUAUCCUGCUAUUAUAAUUAUAUCACUGACCAGGCUUGGGAUGUACUGGUGAGCUCUAUCUAGCGUAAUCCUGCUGUAAUCCCUUAAAGCCAAUAGCCUCGCGUGGCUAUACGCAGGGUGAUUCUAUCUUCUAGAAGGGUCUAUUCCCCUAGGAUAAGAUAAACAUGGUUACCUGAUGUACUCUGGAAGUAUAAAAGCGCCUUGUACUGAUUGAUAGUGCAAUCUUUCCUCGACACACUCGAUCCUGUGACACUUGGUAAUCAGAGCUUUUCUCACUCGGCCGCGCUCAACAAAGCAGCAGCAGCGGGAAAACCUGCCUCGAAAAACCGCCGGAGGUGACCAAUUCGACGCCGAUUCUGGUAAGCACCAGUUCCUCGAUUUUCGAAUUACCCCCUUCGUGCAUGUUUUGAACAGGAUGGCAACCUUCGACAACACCGAGGUUACCCAGCAGCUCUUCGCGCGCAUCGCAGCCCUUUAGGAGGAAAUGCGAGCGGAUCGCGAAGCGUGGCGAAACGAGUUCGAGCGAGUAACUCGACUCGCCGGAGCGCAGCACGAGACGACAACGGCGACGACGCAGCAGUCGCAGUAGUUUCUCGAGGCUCCGAAUCCGCGCCCACCUGAGCCAUUCGAUUCGAGCGAUCGAAACUCCGACGCCCGCAGAUGGAUCGCCGGGAUGGAGAUCUACUUCGCAGCCGUCGGAUGGAGCUCGCCAGUCUGGGACAGUCAACGUGUACGACUCGCGGCGACACUGAUGCGAGGGCCGGCACUCGAGUGGAUUGGCGGCAACAGUACCUUCAUCCACGGUGAAGCCACGUGGCAGGAGUUUCGCGCUGACCUGCUGAAACGCUUCGAGCCGAUAAAUUCCAGUUACUUUGCCCGGGAAAAAAUUCAUCGACACCGACAGUUCGGGAGUGUAGUGCAGUACACGCAGCAGAUGGAGGAAUUUUAUAACCGCAUUCUCGACCUGACCGAAGAGGAAAAAGUACAAUCGUACCUCGCCGGGCUGAAGACCGAAGUCAAACGACAAGUCGCAGCGUCAAACUACGCGAGCUACAGUGACGUCGUUUUGGCAGCGGAGCGCUUCGACAUGGUCAACGCCGGAACACGACGGACGCACGUCGGCAGUACGCGACAGGGCGACCGCUCGGCUCACCCCACGUUCGCCGACCCGAUGGAAGUCGACAGAUUCGAGGGGCGGCCAUGUCCGAAAAACACCAAUUACACGUGUGAUUUUUGCGGGGUGCCGGGUCAUCGAAUCUUCGACUGCAGCAAAAUGAAAGCCGCACGCGCAGAGUAUCGGGCACGCAACAGUGGCGGAAUUCCUUCAGCCAAUCAGAAGUAAAAAAACGGGAGUCGCCAGUGAUUGCGGAUCUAGCUGGCGAAAAUAAAAAGAUCCGAAAACGGCCACGGGAUUCCGGGAAAAUCAACUUCGACGAAGCUGAUUCGACGCGAGAAGGAGGAAAUGAUGGGAGGAAAUCUCCACCCCACGACCAGUCUUCGCCAGGGAAAAUCGCCGAGGAAAAAUACGACUCCGCGAAAAAAGACUCUGCCGAGAUAGGGAAACUCCUUGAAG